GGCUCAGCGCUGCGCGGGAAUCGAACACCGACGUCUCGCUCGGAGCGCAGCUGGCUCCGGUCGCCUGCUUCCCGUCGACACGCAGCCGAGCGGCGGCGUCCUGCUGCGGAGGCGACGGUCCGCCGGAGGGACGGACUGGACCGGACCGGACCGGUAAAAACACGGAAAUACGGUUCGAGCCGGAGCGGAUUUUAGGCCCGAUGGAAGCUGCGACACAUCUGGACCGGCUGCAUCUGGAUCCCGGUUUGCGUGUGCGGUAGAGACACCCCCCCAUCCGGAUUAAAGGCCGUCAGGAUUCCUGUUUUCACCGAGUCGGAUUUAAACCACGGAUUUGAUCUGGAUUACUAACUGGACCAGAUCUGACUUGAUCGAAACCAGAACCGGUCCUGGUUUCACCUUUGACUUGGUCCUCGUUUGGGAACGGCUGCUGUCACCAUGCCAACGUGUCGGCCUGGUACCGAGCCGGUGGAGUUCUGGGUGGACGGUUCGAGGAGGGACGGGCCGCUGGAGGAUUUCUACACCCUGAGCUCGGAACUGGGCAGAGGCGCGACCUCUGUUGUGUAUCGCUGUGAGCACAAACAAAUGCAGAAACCAUACGCUGUCAAAGUGCUCAAGAAAACGAUUGAUAAGAAAAUUGUUCGCACUGAAAUUGGAGUCUUGCUUCGUCUUUCUCACCCAAACAUUAUCCAGCUGAAGGAGAUCUUUGAGACGGACACAGACAUUGCUUUGGUGCUGGAGCUGGUGACAGGAGGCGAGCUGUUCGACAGGAUCGUGGAACGUGGAUACUACAGCGAGAGAGAUGCCGCUCACGUCAUCAAGCAGAUCUUGGAGGCGGUGGCGUACCUCCAUGAGAACGGCGUCGUUCACCGUGACCUGAAGCCCGAGAACCUGCUGUACGCCGACCUGUCCCUGGACGCUCCGCUGAAGAUCGCUGACUUUGGCCUGUCCAAGAUCAUCGAUGACCAGGUCACCAUGAAGACCGUCUGUGGCACCCCAGGAUACUGCGCUCCAGAGAUCCUGCGGGGAAACGCCUACGGGCCGGAGGUGGACAUGUGGUCGGUGGGCGUGAUCCUCUACAUCCUGCUGUGUGGAUUCGAGCCCUUCUUUGACCCCAGGGGGGAUCAGUACAUGUACAGCCGUAUCCUGAACUGCGACUACGAGUUUGUGUCUCCGUGGUGGGACGAGGUUUCCCUCAAUGCCAAGGACUUGGUCAGUAAGCUGAUUGUCCUGGAUCCCCACAAACGCCUCAGUGUCCGUGAGGCCCUGCAGCACCCAUGGGUGCAGGGAAAAGCCGCACGCUUCUCCCACAUGGACACCACUCAGAGGAAGCUGCAGGAGUUCAACGCUCGGCGCAAACUCAAGGUGAGGUCACAGAGGCGGCGACCAGUCGGAUGCACGAAGGCUCGCGACGUCGUACCGACAGCUGUGACAUUCCAGGAUCAGGAUCAGGAUCUACGAGGCACAGCAGCAUGCCACAGGCCCCGCCCCCUGAACCAGCAAGCCGUGCUUCCUCCUCCAAAGAGGUCACAGCAAGUGAGCCACAGCAAGAUCAUUCUAAGUCUGAACCUGCCAUUAGCCCUUCAGCUCCACCUAUCUCUGACAUCAUACCGGCUUGCCCCUCCCCCUCCAGACCGCCACUCAGGGCCGAUGGACUGCGGCAGGCUUCCCUCCUGGUUCAGCCCAGGCUACUGCAGAAAACCUGCUCGUCCCCAGAACCCACACCCUCAGCCACAGCCACACACAUGUUGGCCACGGCCCCAAGUCCCAACAGCCUCAGUAACGGCUUCACAGAAGGGCCGGAGCUUGGCAGUAAGACCACCCACUGCCAGUGACACUCCACUCAGCUACCCUCAUUUUUUAUUUAUUGAUUUUUUUUUAACAAUCACCCCAAAAUAGAACCAGUGAAAAUGUGUGCACGUGUUUGGGGCCGUGCACGUGGUGAAAAUCACUUUGUUCCACAGUCAGUGGGCUCACUGCUCUUUCAUCUUUACAUUGCUUUCAAACUUUGUGCUGUUGACCAACUC